AUAUUUGGCCUUGAGAUUGGGGUUCGUUAUCAUUUCCAAAUGUAGCGUCACAAAUGUUCAGCGACCUCCCUGUUGAAUUACUGCAAUGUAUUUUUAUGUUACUCUCUCCUUGUACUGAUUUACUCACAGUACUCAAUGUCUGCAGACGGUGGAGAGAGGUCGGUCAGAGCGUCUUCAAGCUGCGUGAAAGUCUUAGUCUAUCUGCAUUUAAAAUGCAGAGGCCAUUGCAAUGGGUAUCUCCACAGCUAGCUACCUGUACAGAACGUUUCAAACACACAUCUCCAUCCAAAAGGUUUGGAGCAACUAUCAUAUUGAAAGAGCAGUUACUGUAUGUUUUUGGUGGUGCUACAAAGGAACUAACAGCCUUUAAUGAUUUAUGGACCUAUGAUUUAUCCACCUUCAGCUGGCAGCGUCUGGUUGGUAAAGGUGAGCUACCAACACCAAGAGCACAUGCUAAAGGUGGUUUUAUUGGAAAUCUACUUUAUCUGUAUGGAGGUUGUCAAAGCUUUCAUAGAGCGGGAUCGGAACAUACGGUAAGAAUUACGUUACUGGCUCUCAAUUAGUAAGUUUCUGGUCGAACUAUGUUCCACCUACCCCGGCAGCCGAAUAAUGUCACUAGUUCUAACGCAAAAUGUAUGGCUCAACGCCGAGUCUGUUAUAGUAUUAGUUCACCUAACAUUCACAGAAGUUAGUUUACAAGAAUAAGUUGUGCACUUGCAUAUAAAUAAUCGUCCUUCGGUCUCUCGUAAUUCACAACUAGAAUAUGGAUAGGUUGCUCAUAUAGUCUAGGUCACGUACGUCACGUCGGUAAAAAUUUCCUAACAAGAUGACAAGGUUUUCUCACUGGGCAAUCCAUACUGAUUUGGUUGUAUGCCUUCACCGGAAAAGAGCUGGUGUGAUUGUGUUCCAUGACUUAUUUCAGGACUAACUUCCUUAUCGGCAAAAUGAAUCCAUUCCAUGAUCCAGUUUGUUAGUUAUUGGUACAAUCUCAAAGAAGAACAGACAGAUCGUGCUACUCUUUGCUAGUGUUAGUGAUAAAUGUAUAUAAAAUCAUCAUUCCAGAAGAUACAAAGAGAACACAUCUAAUAUAUGUAUGCUGUUAAAUUCACAAUUAGAAAGUAUGCUGAGACAGCUAUUUGUUACUAGUAAGGACCAACACUAAACAUAAAGACGGGUAGACCGUAUGUUGAAAGAUGCUUUAACUCUGUUCAUGCUCUAAUGUUAGUACGUGCUUGUUUGCCUCACUUGGUGCACAUAAGUUGAAACAGAAAACCUUUUAACUAGUUUUGAAAAUGAGAUUGUAAAGAGGAUAUUUAAGUAAAAAUUAGACGGACUUAUGAGAUGGGGAUAAACAAUCGUUAGUAUUGCUUUUUGAUAUAUAUUUCUUGCAGUAAUAUUUUAAUACUUCGUCCUAUGCAAGAUGAGUAUUAGAUUCAUUAACGUGUUGUUAAUAAACCUACGCAAUACAUGUACAGUAACUCACUUGUAUUAGUUAUAAUAUUUUUUUCUUGUUCAACAAAGUACAGAUUGAUAGCACUCCAUAGAAUACUUUGUCCAAACUUCCUGAGUAUCCAAAGUCUCGGGUAACACUAGUGGUUGUAACUCAUUUCUUUUUAAAAUUCAUCUAGGGCCGUAUGGAUUGGUUAACUGAGUUGAAUAGUUUUGAUAUUUCGACAAUGCAUUGGUCACGUAUGCCGUUAUACGAAGUAAACCACUUAAGUCCUGUAUCGCCACCUGCAAUUGCCGGCCAAUCUGGAUGCUUUCUUCCUAAAGGUGGAAUAGGCGAACCUAGUGUAUUAGUUUUAUUUGGAGGAAUGUGUCAGUCUCUUGGACUGUGCGUUAACUACUUAUUUGUGAUAUCUCCGGAAAAUGGUUGUUGGAUUUCACUUUCUGAUACAACGGAUAAUUGUCAAGGUGACUGGCCAUCUGGGCGCUGUGGUCAUUCAACUUGCGCUCUUGAUUCAAAUAGAAUGCUUUUGUUAUUUGGGAAUUUGGAAUCACCUUUGGCCACUGAUCAUUCUGUACGUCGACAACAAGGAAUGUCAGCUAAUCCUAAUUCGAAUAAUGAUUCUGAAUCAACUUCUAGUACGCCUAACUAUCAUGGUCGACCUGCGAGAGAUGUAUGGAUACUUACACGUUGUUCACCAAGCAUCGGUCAAGAAUGGUUUGAAGUCAAUUGGUUCUGGACCAAAGUUCAAUGUUCUGAGGGUAUACCUGGAUGCCCACCGAUAGACUUUUAUCAUGCAACCGCAGUUUCACUUCCAUAUCGUGAAGACAGUAAGUCACUGUUGUUGACAAAGGACAGUAAUUUUAUCUCUGUACCGAGUGACAACGUUGGUACAAACAACUCAAUUGUACACAAUGUCUAUACUGUUGUUGUCAUCAGUCAACCUACCACAGCAUUGUUGGAUGAGGCAGCUAAACAGCGCAGAUAUUGGCAUCGCAUGAAACUCAACUCCGAGUUAAACAGUGUAACUUUUCAAAAUAAUUCGGUAGGUCAAGAUUCUCAUACGUCAGAUGAUGAUGCCAAUGACGAGGAUGAGGAGCAGCGUAAACAUUGUCAUUCAGCUGAUAUCACUGAUCGUGAAUCGACUGGGAUCCUGCAACUCCCGUCAUCUAGGCGUGCAAAUAACAGACGUGCACGAAGACUUGAAGCUUUAGCUAUUCAAGAACGAAGGCUGUUUGGAACACGUAACCUGAUCCCUAAAGAAGUUAAUACGUCAACAUUUUCCCGACCAUUUUCAUCAAAUCAUAACCAGCAUCCUUCUAACCACGUAAAACUCGAAUGUGCUUAUCGUCCCUUGGCUCUGUAUACACUCAACAUUAUAUACUCUCAUCCUAAUGCAUCAUAUAGUUCUGAAACUAAAAUUCAGUUCACAGAAAAGAAGGCUAAAGGUGUUUGGUUGGCACCUGUCAAACAAAAUUAUCUAGAUCUUUAUUCCGCACCACCUGAAUGCUUAGGUUUUUCAUGUGCUUUUGGUCAUGGUUGUUUAUUUCUUUUUGGUGGUUUGACUGACUCAGAUGAUAUUAAACCAAAUGAAAAUGUGAAUACAUUUCACCCAUUGAUUAAUGGAUCGCAAAAUCGUAAUGAUAAUGACCUAUAUCAACGACACAAUAAUUCAUCAACUUUACAAUCGUCCAGGUCUUCAGUAUUAAAUGAAUCUCUUACACAAGGACAUCUUGUUUCUUGUGUAAAUCAUUCACCAGAUAUAAUUUAUCCCAAUCCUUUAGGUACCGCUCAGUUUUUUGUUCUUCGCGCACGUGCACUUGCUGGUACUAUAAUUUAAUUUGGCCAUUGCUUAUUUCGACUGAUCCAGUAUGUAUACAUGUGGUAUAUAUAUGGCGUUCACUAACCAUUUAUAUAGUUAUUAUUUUGUGUUUAAAUUAUUCCAGCUUUAUGUAUUGUAGUACAAUGAGUUAUUUAGUUUUCUAAAUGUGUAUUGGCUCAUAAAAUGUACAUAAACUAUUCAGUGGUUGUAAAUAUAUUGCUAUUCUUUACAUACAGCUACGUUGUAUUUAACAUGCACAUACAUAAACUUCUCAUCAACUAAGAAUCAUUACAUCAAUUACACUUUGAUUCUACUGUGGUCUACUUUUCGUUCAGAUUUUAUUUUCUACUAAAAAUUGUAAAUUUCAACUAGCCAUAGUUGUUUUCUCUUUUCCUUGAUACUCAUUGUUUUGCUGCUCUGGAAAUCUCAAGCUUCUAUCGAUAUCAAUCGAUACUGUUAAUGCAGUAUAAUAAACCGAAGAUUCUCUUAGCGAUAUUUCAUGUACUACCGUAAAAUAUAAGUUUACAAAGUGUUC